GCAUGGAUUUUGGGAUUUAUCAGUAAUACUUUAUCAUUGCAUAUAAUACGUACAAGAUCACAUUUUCAUAAUGCAUAUGGAAUUUUAUGCACUAGUUCAUUCAUAUGUAAUUUGCAAUCGAUAACUGUACUCUGCAUAUGGUGUACAAUUGUUUUAGCCCUGUUAAGUUAA